AUGCCAGUGGCCGCAGUCGAGAAGGUAGUGCAGAGUGACGGCCCAGGGGGCGCGGAACGUCGGAAUGAGCCGACAGAGGACACGACGCUGGAGUCACGAGUCGCGGGAACCGUGACCGGAGAGUCGGGUAACGGCCGAAAUUUUCGUCGCGCUGGCGUAAGAGUGUCGCAGCGCCGACAGCAAGUAAGCACAGUGCUGGGUUCAGGGUCACUACCCGUGACGGACCUGGUACCGGUAACUGUGCACGGCGAGACGGACGAAGUAGAGUUCGCGGUGCAUGACCAACCGUGGGUCCCGAACCUCCUUGGGAGGGUAGAAUUGGAGCGGUUUGGUUUGAUUGAGAGAAGGUCCGGGAAGGCGUUGGUCCUGGCGGCGCAGAGAGGCGCCGUUGAUGAGAUACGGCUUGCGGAGAAGUACAAAGAGCAGCCACCAGUGUUAGAGGAGCAGUCGGAGGAUCCCUUCGAGACGCAGCGGCAGGUAUUCGUGGAGGGCACGGGACACCUGGACCAGAGCCUGAGGGACGAGCUGUGGAAUCUGUUGGUCGCAUACAGAGACGUGUGGGAGAACCCAAAGGUGGCGUGCGUCAAGUACGAGGCGCGUUUCGAGGCGAGCGGCAAGCCGUACAAAGCGAGGUUGAGGCAUCUCGAGCCUGAGUUGCGGGCCGAGUUGGAGAAGCAGGUGGAGAAGCAGCUGAAGCUUGGAGUCAUCCGUCCCUCGAGUGGGCCGCCGCGCCGCACUUCGUGA